AUGAGCCAAAUUCAGUAGUAAAUAUACAAAUAGCUUGUUUAUAGAACUACAUAGGGAUUACUUUUAUUAUGGAUGCAACUUGCAAAGAAAAGAUAUGUACGAAUGCACUAUUAUCAAAUAAUUCUCAUCAACUAUAUGCAUCUUAUUUAGCAUCCUGUACUGUUAAAUCAAUUGGUGGUUAUUAAAAUAGAACAUGUACUAAUGCCCCCAUUACUAUAACAACAAAUGGAGAAUGUGAAACAUAUCAACCAGCAUAGAAUUGUAUUGCAAAAACUAGUGGGGAUACAGUAAAAAUAAUACUUGUUCAGCAAUUACUUAGGAAACUGCUUUUAUUAAGAAUUCCCUAGGUUUUGCUUGUUUUUGGGAUUCAAAAAGUACAGUUGCAAAAAUAAGACAUUUUUGAAUGCACCUUCAGAUAAUAAAACACAUGAACUUUGUUAAUCUUUUUUGAAUAAAUAUACUGUCAAUUCUACAAAUACAGGAUAAGUUGACAAAACAUGUGAAAAUUCAUUGAUAUUAGCUAUUUGUGACAAAGACAUUAACAAUAAGAUUUAUAUAUGGAAAGGUAAAUGUUAAAAGAACCUUUGCGUCUUAGCUUCAUCAUCCAUAACCACUCACACUGAUUGUUAAAAUUAUCAUUCCAGUUGUACUAUAAGGGACAAAAGGUUAGGAUGAGUUAAUACUCCUAUAAUAGUAAAUGGGUCCUCUACUAUCAAAGAUGUUAAGAUUUGCCAACUUCAUGUUCAGCCAGAAGAAUAUCUGAAAAUUGUGAAAUAUAAAGAGUAGGAUUUCCAACUUGCAUAAGGGUUUCAUCUUCUUCAUCUUGUUUUAAAAAGUCUUGUACAUCAGCUAUUCUAGUAGGAAUAACUAAUGCAAUUUCACCAAAAUAAUUUUCAGUUGUUAAUUGUUCAAGCUAUUUAACUCUAUCUGUAAAAACUGAUGCAUAAUGUGCUUGUAUUUAGACAUAGAAUUCUUGUAUUUCAAAUAAUACAUCUAAUGGAUGCAUGAAUAAACCUUUUAGUUGUAAUUCAUUAGUCUAAGACGACUGUAAAAUUGGGUCUACAAUGAGUGGUAAUUGUUAUUGGAAUGUAUCUAAUAGUGUUGAUAAGAGAUUUGCAAAUAUAAUAACAAUUAUUCAUAAUGAUUGUAAUAGUACAUUUGAUCUAUGCACAGUAAAUAAUGGUUAAACUAAUUUUUAACCACUGUAAGAUUCAUGUUCUACUUACAACACUUAAGAUAACUGUAUAAUAACAACUAAGAAUAAAAAAUGCUAUUGGACUUGUAUAGUUUGCAGAAACGCAACUUGUGCUGAUGCUCCAGAUACAAUAGCAUAUGAUUCAGAUCAAGAAUGUUAGGGUUAUCCUGUACCAACUUGCAUGUAUUAUACAAAAUUGGAGGGAUAGGAUGUGCUCCAAAAAAACUACACAUUAUAUGAAAUAAGAGCAAUUUCAUUAAAUUAUCUCAAAUUAAACAGGAGUUGAGUAUUGUAAAUGGAUUUUUGAUAAAUUCAAUUCUUUAUCUAUAUUUGCAACAGGAGCUUGUUCAUCAUUCAUAGGAACAUAGUUCAUUUAUUAAUAAUAUAGAAUUAGAUGUACAAAUGUUGGUAGUGCUUCUGCUUAAUCUAUCUGCACAGUAGAUUUUACUCUAAAAACUGGAGUAAAUUUAACAUUUUCCUAUUGUUAAACAGUUGAUGCAUCAUGUUCUGAAAAAAAAGUUUGUAUUGGAUGUAUUGUCUUAAUCUACUUGCUCAUUGCUCAGGAUUUGAACAAUUAUUAAAAAAUUUUUAGAUUAAAUGCUGGAUUGUUGGAUAUGAAUAAUGCUGUACCUUCUUCUUUUUGUGACUUAAGCAUUUGAGUGUAUCCUUCUAAUUGGAUUAACAGGUUUUGACCGUGCUAAAUGUUAAGCUUAUAAUUCCUUAUAUACUUCUUUAAGAGAUAGAUCUGGAUGUUAUAUAUUUUAGCAAAUUUGAACAAGGUAUUUUAAUAACAAUUCCUGUAUCAAUAUUCCAACAGGUAAAUGCUUUCUUAGUGGUCGUUCUUGGAUUAGUAUAAUUAGUAAGGCAUAUUGUUCAACAAUAGCUGGAUUAACAGGGUAGGAUUAUGAAAAAUGUCAAGCCUACUUCAAUGGUUGUACAUCGAUUUGAGAUGGUACUGGAUGUUAAGAGCUCAAAAAUUCAUGUGAAGACUAUCCAGAAACUGUAGCUGGAUGUACUAGAUCAUCAAUUAGAAAAUGGUAUUUAUUUACAUUUAUUAUUAUCAUAUUUUAAUAAGAGAUUUAUAUUUAUUAAGAUAAUAUAUAUAUCUUAUAUAAGUAUUAAUCUCUUUACAGUAAUAAUACUACUUUAUUACUAUUCCAAAUCCAGGAACUAAUAUGUGCAAAGAUAUCUGAAUCUGAUGCAACUAUACCCUAUGACCUUUAUUAAUCAUACAACACAGUAUGUAGUAUAUAUAGAGCUAAGAGUGCAUGUAGCUUAUAAUUUGCUUAAGGUACGAGCUAUACUCGAAUAAAUAGUUGUUAUCAAUCAAAAAAUAGUAGAUGUAUUGCUAGUAAUAUUAUUGUGUAAUAAACAAUGCCAGAUCAAUUGGAAAGGGGAAACAUAUAUGUGCAUGGAUUAAAACCUCUUCUUAAUAUGCAGAUAAAUCUUGUAAAACGACUCCUGCUACCUUGGAUUACAAUGAUGACUCUAAAUGUAGAUCUUACUUAAGUAACAAAUGUAAAGUUUCUUAAAGUGGAAAAGGUUGUCUUUUGA